CAGUCUCUCAUUCGACUCUCGUAUUCGCAGUUGUUAGCACACGCGCGCACGCAACGCAACGGCCUCACCUUGCCUCGCCUUCGCCUCGCUUCGGUUUCGUUUCGUCUCGGCUCGUUACCGUUCCCGUUCGUGCUCGUCAUCUCGCAGCGCAUCUUGAACAGGUUUCGCCUGUAUUUCACUUGGGACGGAGAAACAGAAAGGUGCUCAAUUCCGUGUAGUGUGGAGGUAUUUUUUUCGGCGCGCUGAUUUUUGCCAACCACAAAACAAGAAAAAGAAAAAAGAAUUAAUAAGAACUGAACUUACUACUAGAUACUUGCUACACACACACACACACACCUAUGUACACACACAAUCAUUAUCAUCAUCACUGAAAACGACAUUUCGCGACGCGGUAAAUUUCAAGUGUUUUUAAAACAAAUAGAAAUUCGUGACAUUGGAAACAACGCAAUUUCCAGCUGUUUCAAGUGUAAACUGCCAAAAAGAAAAAUAAGAAAAGAAACAAAGAAGAAAAAGUAAAAACGAAGUUGGCCUACAAAAAUCUACAAAUAGAAGUUAUACAAUCGUAAAACAGUUUAUAAGAAGUGCAACAUGGUUUCCCAAAAAAUGUUCAAAAAUAACCAAACAGAAAUCUAAAUACAAAAAAGUAUGUGGUAAAUCCGAUAUGCAAGAAAGUGUUCGAAAGAGGCCCCAAGACAAAGGUAUCCCAAAGCUUCUACCCACGACUUUUGCGUAAAUCGGGAGUCCGACGAGAAUCUGCAAAAGGACUUAAACAUAACAGCCAGAAGGAGUAGAUCCAAAACCAAUCUAGAAGUUCAAUAGAAGCCUUUUACUGUUUUUUACGACCACAUCUCGCAUGUUCACGGUUUCCUGCUCCAGCUAAAGAGCCUAUUUUAACACACGCACACACAUCCAACACUGGUGGACAUGUUGACCAUGGAGGCAGAUAUGAAGGGCGGCAUUUUGCAUGCCACAAUGCCGCCGCAUCAUGCCAGCGCUGCCCUGCAUGGCCAUGCCGCCUCGCCGUACUCGGCGUUGGCGCCGCUGAUGAACCUGGGACAAUCGCAUCUCACCCACUCACAGCUGAGCCAUCACAAUCAUCAUCACCAUCAUCACAUGGGCGCCCACAUAGCGGCCAGCCAGAGUCCGAACGGACUGAAUGGCACAAAUCCAUUGAGUUCCCUGCAGUCCAGUAUGGCCAACACUCUGAAUGGAGGACAGGUGGGGCAACAACAACAGCAACAGCAGAGUUCUCCACUCCACAGUUCCAGCGAACUAAGUCCCACCCAGAGCAGCAUUGGCAGUCAUCAUAUGACAUCGCCGGUGAGCCAUCAGCAGCAUUCCCAGCAGCACUCCCAGCAACAGCAGCCGUCGCAGCAUCCCACACAUUUGGCCGCCGGCUCGGCUCUGAGCAGUAUGACCGGGAGCAACAACAACAACAACAGUGCCACGGCCAACAAGAAUCAGCAGCACGCCGAUCGCGUGAAAAGGCCGAUGAAUGCAUUUAUGGUCUGGUCGCGAGGCCAGCGCAGGAAAAUGGCCUCAGACAAUCCAAAGAUGCACAACUCUGAGAUCUCGAAGCGUUUGGGUGCCCAGUGGAAGGAUCUGUCGGAGGCCGAGAAGCGUCCGUUCAUUGACGAGGCCAAACGCCUGCGAGCUGUCCAUAUGAAGGAGCAUCCAGAUUACAAGUACCGUCCGAGACGGAAGACCAAAACCCUGACCAAGACCAAGGAGAAAUAUCCAAUGGGAGGUCUGAUGCCUGGGCAAGCAGUAGGCGGUGUUCCGGGAGGAGGCUCUGUGGGCCCGGGUGGAGAACCAGUAACGCCCACUCGCGGACAGGGUCAAGGACAAAGUCAGUCACUAAAUGGUAGCGGGGGCAGCAGUGGUGGUGGCAGUGCAGCAGCAGCAGCUGCCGCGGCGGCUGCAGCAGCAGCGGCUCGCCAGGAUAUGUACCAGAUGAACGCACCCAAUGGCUACAUGCCCAAUGGUUACAUGAUGCACGCCGAUCCCGCCGGAGCGGCGGCCUAUCAGUCGCAGUAUAUGGGUCAGCACUAUGCCCAGCGCUACGACAUGGGACACAUGUACAAUAACGGCUAUGCCAUGUACGGCACAGUGUCCGGAGGACAGACUUCGCCUUAUGGCAGCAGCUUACAGCAACCCGGCUCCCCCUCCCCCUACGGCGCCAGCAGCCUACAUCAGCAACCUGCCUCACCCACGCCCUAUGGCGGCGGCGGCGGUGGCGGCGGAGGACAAGUCUCCUGCCAGAGCCACAGUCCCAGCGAUUCGAGCAUCAAGUCGGAACCCGUCUCGCCCAGUCCCAGUGCCAUAGCGCUCAACAACAACAACAACAACAAUCAUAUUAUGAAGCGAGAGUAUGUGACGUCGGCAACUGCACCGACAGGGGCAACCACUGCCGGUAGUGAGCUGAAUCAUCUGAUGAACAUGUAUCAUCUGCCGGAUGAGCAGCGACAUUUGCUCCAUUAUCAGACAACAGGCUCGCCCGAUCUGCAUCAGCAACAACAGCAAUAUCAACAGCAACCACCGCAACUGGGCCAACAACAGCAUCAGCAACAACAGUUGGGCCAACAGCAACACCAACUGCAUCAGCAAUCGCUGAGAGCAAUGGCUCCCCUGGCACAUAUGUGAGAAAUGGCCAGCGCCUACGGAAGCCUGACACCGCCGCCGCCGUCGUCGAUUGCCACUGUCAGCGGCUACAUGCCGACGGCAACAGCACAGCAACAGCAACAGUUGCUCAAUGGCCGGCCUAGUCCAACGGCCUCGGGGUCGGGUCGUUCCUCGGCGCAUUCCAGUGGCCAUACAGCCGCGCAUUCACCCGCCUUGGCAUCUGCUGCUUAUCAGCUGUCCACAUCCGCCGCCUCCUCGUCGUCGUCGUCUGCCUCGGCUGCCACGGCCAGCAUGCUGGACAUGCAUCAGGAGCAGCAGCAACAUCUCCACUACCAACAGCAAAACCUUCACUACCAGCAGCAACAGCUCCAUCAGCAGCAGCAGCAGCAGCAACAACAUCAGCAACAUCAUCAGCUUUAUCACCAUUAUCAUCAUCAUCAUCCUGGUCAUGACACAGUUGUGGGCAGUGCUGCUGGUCUACUGGAUAUAUCCACAUUGUAAAUUAUUGAAAAUAUUAACUAGAAAACCAUCCCCCCCUCCGUCUUUCCCUUUCCCCUGUCCCCUCGCUCGCCCUAGACAUAUUUAAUUUAACAAGAACCGAACGGGAGAGACGUCCGACUGGUCGAAGAUUCCACCAGUUUGGUUGGACUCUCCUUAAAAAGAAACACACAAAGUUUUAGCUUUAGUUUCUAAGCAAACUAAUUUAGUAAUUAGCAAUUAAGUGUAACUACAAUUAAAUCGGAAAUAAUUUAAUUCUAAGCCUACGCACUGUUGUACCACGAAAAAGAUAAAAACCAGAGACAAGAAAUGAAAAUCAUUCCACUUUGCAUUCCCCAUUCUACGAGUACAUCUACUUAUACGACAAUUGUGUGAUACCAAGAAAUUGUUGCAAAUACUAAACAAAAAAACAAAAAAAAAA